CUUUUUCCGCCAUCUUGUGGCUCUGGAGGCCUGCUAGAAACAGGACUUCUAGAACAGCAAAAUGUCUGGAAGGCUCUGGUCUAAGGCAAUUUUUGCUGGCUACAAGCGAGGCCUACGAAACCAGAGAGAACACACAGCUCUUCUCAAAAUUGAAGGAGUCUAUGCCCGAGAUGAAACUGAAUUCUACUUAGGCAAGAGAUGUGCCUAUGUGUACAAAGCAAAAAACAACACAGUAACUCCUGGUGGGAAACCCAACAGAACAAGAGUGAUUUGGGGGAAAGUUACUCGGGCUCAUGGAAAUAGUGGGAUGGUUCGAGCUAAGUUCAGAAGCAAUCUUCCUGCCAAGGCCAUUGGACAUAGGAUCCGAGUGAUGCUCUAUCCCUCAAGGAUCUAGAAUAUGAAAAUUGACUAAAUAAAAUUUCACAUUUUUUGCAAAUGUA